CGGCAAGUGAAGUGACACAGUAGCGGAUCAUUUUCUUUCUCGUCAAGCUUCGAUCUUUUGACAGCCGGCGCCGAGCUUGAAGACGAAGACGAGAAGAGACGACGGUGUGCAUUUUCGAAAGCUUGAAGCUUCUGCGGGUGGUUUUUUUUGUUCUAUACAGAUUUUUAAGCUAAACAGCUAUGGAAGACGUCCUUACAGAGAUUCCACCACCUUCGAGAUUUUACCAGGACGAACUCAACAACUUCGCUCCUCCUUCACCCCCAAUUCCCUCUCCGUUCCUCUUGUUCUCUAACCCUAACCCUAAUCGACCUCUCCGACCUUCUCUCCUCAUUAUUGCCUUAUCUAACCCAUCCCUCUAUAUCUUCCACAAUUUAUCAUCCAAGAAACUCAUCGGAACUCUUAUCCUCCCGGAAACCCAUUUCUCCGGCAACUCCAUCGAACCCUCUCUUCGUGACAAGUCCUGUAACAUAUACUCCCUCAAUGGAGACGACGACAACUCCGUUAUCGUCGUUUCCGUACAGUGCCCGGUUUCCGCAGAGAGGUCUCACGUUGCUGCAAAAUUGCUUAUUGGGGGUGAUAUUAUUCCCCAGAGGGUUGUGGUUUUCGAUUCUGUUCAGAGCCGGAAUUUCCGAGGGAAGCUCUCGCCGGACGAGACAUUGGGGUUCAAGCUUGAGACAUCGUCGGAAAGGAAAGGUGUUGGUGGUGGGUUGAAAGGGUUGGAGUAUUUUCCAUCGGGAAGUGUGGUGGAUGGAUUGGGUGCAGCUCUGUUAGGAAGGUGCCAGAUGAAGAACAUCAAGGGAAGUCUGUGUGUUACUUGGCCAGAGUUUGGUGUUGAUGUGGUUUCUCUGGUUAAGUCUUUGCUGGUUGGCAAUUUGUUGCCUGGUUUGGAUUUGAGCAUAGGUGGUUGUGAUGGUGGGGAUGAGUUUUUAGGGUCAGGACAAAUUAAGGAUCAUUUUUAUGAUUCUGAAUUGUAUACCUGAACAUAGGUAUGGUUGUGUUUUGCUGUUUUCAUGUACCCCAAAGGUGAUUUUCCCUUUUUUUUUGGUGUUCUGUUGUUGAAGGAUAUGAUGGUAUUUGGGUAAUGCUCUUUUCAGGCUUUGAAUGCUAGAUCAUUUAAUUUUUAAUGAAGAAAGAUUAAGUUUUGAGUA